AAAAGUUGGCCGAAUCAUUGAAGUGAUCCACGUCUACCCGCCAUUGCGAGAGAGGCUUUGUACACAAGCCAGAAGCUAGUGCCGUCGCAUUGUCUUCCUCCUCUACCAGUACCUGCCUCUUUCUCUUCGAUUCAUUCUUUGGAUAUGAAGUAUUGAAAAUGUUGUUUCAGAUUCCUCGAUUGACCAGCUCCCUCAGGGAGCCAUUCGAUGUCGACCAGGCGUAUCUCCAUCGCAAGCUCCUUCUUCAGAAUCACAAACCGACCCAUUCCGUAGCUUCAUCGGGCGAGUCAGAGCUAGCACGGAAGAUAGUGUAUCAAUGGGAUGAAGCAUCCUUUGAAGUUCGACAAGCCUAUAAGCAGUUCAUUGCGGGAGUUGUUGGGUUGGUGGACAGAGAAGUGCCAUCCGAGGAGCUUGGUGAGGUAGCACUGACUAUCUAUUGCCUUUUUGGCGAGCAGAAAGAAGAUAAUGAUCUUGACUAUACUGCCAAAAACAUGGAAGAACUGCAAAAGCUUAUUGGCAAUACAGUUUCAGAUGCUAGGCUGCAAAAAGUUAUUUCUCUAGCUCAGAAACUAUUUAUCUUGCAGCCAAGGGAUCAUGCAACUACAUUGCUGGCAGAGAAGCAUGUUAACAAGGGUGGCUCCGAUGUAGAGUUUGGCGCUGAUCUUGCUUUUAGAGAACCUACUAGGUUUAUGGUGGAUGUGUCUCUGGAAAAUUCAGAUUUACCAGGCAAGGAUAUUACUGCACCUACAUUUGAUGACAGACAACACAUGCUUGAUGAUUCCAUAAACUUUGAUCACUCUACUGAAAGAGGAAAGUUAAAUUUGAGUUGGUUGAGGGAUGCGUGUGACGAGAUAACAAGAAAAAGUACCUCACAACUUUCCCUUGAUGAACUUGCAAUGGCCAUUUGCCGAGUCCUUCAUUCAGAAAAACCUGGCGAGGAGAUAGCUGCAGAUCUAUUGGAUAUUGUUGGUGAUGGAGCAUUUGAGUUUGUUCAAGAUCUUAUUUCUCACCGAAGGGAACUUGUUGAUGAUAUUCAUCAUGGGUUAACAAUAAUAAAAUCUGAAAAGACAAAUUCAAGCUCACAAUCACGAAUGCCUAGCUAUGGAACUCAGGUUACUGUUCAAACAGAAUCAGAGAGGCAAAUUGAUAAGCUUCGACGUAAGGAAGAAAAGAAAAAUAAACGAGGAACUGAAUAUGGUUCAGAAAGUGAUUUUUCUGCUAUAAGCUUUUCUUCUCUAGUUCAAGCAAGUCAAAGGAAAAAUCCAUUUGACGAUCUUAUUGGAUCUGGUGAGGGCACUAACUCCCUUACUGUCAGUGCCCUCCCUCAAGGAACACAAAGGAAGCAUUUUAAGGGAUAUGAGGAGGUAAUUAUCCCUCCAAUCCCAGCAGCUCAAAUGAAACCUGGAGAAAAGCUGAUUGAAAUAAAGGAGUUGGAUGAUUUUGCUCAAGCUGCUUUUCGCGGAUUCAAAUACUUAAAUCGUAUACAGAGUCGCAUUUUUGACACUGUUUAUAACACUAAUGAGAAUAUACUAGUCUGUGCUCCAACAGGGGCUGGGAAAACUAAUAUAGCCAUGAUCUCCAUUCUCCACGAGAUUUCACAGCACUUCAAAGAUGGAUAUUUGCAUAAAGAUGAAUUUAAAAUAGUUUAUGUUGCUCCUAUGAAGGCAUUGGCUGCAGAGGUCACAUCUACUUUUAGUCAUCGUUUAUCACCCUUGAAUGUUACUGUAAGAGAACUAACUGGAGACAUGCAACUUUCAAAGAAUGAACUUGAAGAAACUCAGAUGAUAGUAACAACACCUGAGAAAUGGGAUGUCAUUACUCGCAAAAGCAGCGACAUGUCGCUGUCGAUGUUAGUCAAACUCUUAAUUAUUGAUGAGGUACAUCUUUUAAAUGAUGACCGAGGGCCUGUAAUUGAGGCACUAGUUGCACGAACUCUUCGUCAGGUGGAGUCAACACAAACAAUGAUACGUAUUGUUGGCCUUUCAGCCACCCUCCCUAAUUACUUAGAGGUUGCACAGUUUCUUAGAGUGAAUCCAGGAACAGGACUUUUCUUCUUUGAUUCUAGCUACCGUCCCGUUCCUCUUGCACAACAAUAUAUUGGUAUCAGCGAGCAUAACUUCGCAGCUCGCAAUGAAUUGUUAAAUGAAAUAUGCUAUAAGAAGGUUGUUGAUUCAUUAAAGCAUGGGCAUCAAGCAAUGGUGUUUGUUCAUUCUCGAAAGGACACAGCAAAGACAGCAGAGAAACUGGUCGAAAUUGGUCGAAAGUAUGAUGAUCUCGAGCUAUUUAAGAAUGAUGCACACCCACAAUUUGGUAUUAUCAAGAAAGAAGUCAUCAAAUCCAGGAAUAAAGAUCUAGUAGAACUUUUUAAUUUUGGGAUUGGUGUACAUCAUGCUGGAAUGCUACGCUCUGAUAGAGGUUUAACUGAAAGGCUUUUCUCCGAUGGACUGUUGAAGGUUCUUGUUUGUACAGCUACCUUAGCAUGGGGUGUAAAUCUGCCUGCUCAUACGGUUGUUAUAAAGGGCACCCAACUGUAUGAUCCAAAAGCUGGUGGAUGGCGAGAUUUGGGUAUGCUUGAUGUCAUGCAGAUUUUUGGACGAGCUGGGAGACCUCAGUUUGACAAAAGUGGUGAAGGCAUCAUAAUUACAUCUCACGAUAAACUUGCCCAUUAUUUGCGAUUGCUUACAAGUCAGCUCCCCAUAGAGAGUCAGUUUAUUGGUUCUUUGAAAGAUAAUUUGAAUGCGGAGGUUGCACUGGGUACUGUAACGAAUGUGAAGGAAGCUUGUGCCUGGCUUGGAUAUACAUAUCUAUUUAUAAGGAUGAGACUAAAUCCUUUGGCAUAUGGUAUCGUAUGGGAUGAGGUCAUGGCAGAUCCAUCUUUGAGCUCAAAGCAAAGAGCUCUCAUAACAGAUGCUGCACGUGCACUUGACAAAUCAAAGAUGAUGCGUUUUGAUGAAAAAAGUGGCAACUUUUAUUGUACAGAGCUCGGCCGCAUUGCCAGCCACUUCUAUAUUCAGUAUUCCAGUGUUGAAACAUAUAAUGAGAUGUUGAGACGUCAUAUGAAUGACAGUGAGAUUAUUGACAUGGUUGCUCAUUCUUCUGAGUUUGAGAAUAUUGUUGUUCGGGAUGAGGAGCAGAGUGAGCUGGAGAUGUCAGUACGAACAUCAUGCCCCUUGGAAGUUAAAGGUGGCCCAUCAAAUAAACAUGGAAAAAUUUCCAUCCUUAUUCAGUUGUACAUUUCCAGAGGUUCCAUUGAUACCUUCUCAUUAGUCUCCGAUGCUGCUUAUAUAAGUGCUAGCUUGGCUCGUAUUAUGCGAGCUCUAUUCGAAAUAUGUUUGAGAAGGGGUUGGUGUGAAAUGACUUCGUUCAUGUUGGAAUACUGCAAAGCUGUUGAUCGUCGAAUAUGGCCACACCAGCAUCCUCUAAGACAAUUUGACAAGGAUCUUUCUUCAGAUAUAUUGCGCAAGCUUGAGGAGCGAGAGGCUGACUUGGAUCGUUUACAGGAGAUGCAGGAAAAAGACAUAGGAGCAUUGAUCCGUUAUGCACCUGGUGGAAGAUUGGUUAAGCAGUAUUUAGGUUAUUUUCCACUAAUCCAGUUAUCAGCAACUGUCAGUCCAAUAACAAGAACAGUCCUGAAGGUUGAGGUGGUCAUAACGGCCGACUUCAUAUGGAAAGAUCGUUUUCAUGGUGGUUCACAACGCUGGUGGAUACUAGUUGAGGACAACGAGAAUGACCAUAUUUAUCACUCUGAGCUUUUCACUCUGGCAAAGAAGAAGGCUAGAGAGCCUCAAAGGCUUUCCUUCACAGUCCCAAUAUUUGAGCCACAUCCACCUCAAUAUUAUAUUCAUGCCGUUUCUGACUCCUGGCUGCAAGCAGAAGCAUUUUACACCAUAUCUUUCCAAAAUUUAGCGUUACCGGAGGCCCGUACGUCACACACUGAGCUCCUAGACUUAAAACCUCUUCCAAUAACUGCUCUUGGUAACAGAAGUUACGAAUCCCUGUAUAAAUUUUCACAUUUUAACCCAAUACAAACCCAGAUUUUUCAUGUGUUGUAUCAUACAGAUGAUAACAUUCUGUUGGGUGCUCCCACUGGGAGUGGAAAAACCAUAUCUGCUGAACUUGCUAUGCUUCGUCUCUUCAAUACACAGCCUGAUAUGAAGGUUGUUUACAUAGCACCUUUGAAGGCCAUUGUUCGUGAAAGAAUGAAUGACUGGAAAAAUGGUCUUGUUUCUCGGCUCGGCAAAAAAAUGGUUGAAAUGACUGGAGAUUUUACCCCUGAUUUGAUGGCACUUCUGUCAGCAGAUAUUAUAAUAUCAACCCCCGAAAAGUGGGAUGGUAUUAGUAGAAAUUGGCAUAGUCGAAGCUAUGUUACGAAGGUUGGACUAAUGAUUCUGGAUGAGAUCCACUUAUUGGGAGCAGAUCGUGGUCCCAUCCUUGAGGUUAUUGUUUCAAGGAUGAGGUAUAUAUCAUCACAGACUGAGCGAAAAGUUAGAUUUGUAGGCCUUUCAACUGCUUUAGCGAAUGCAAGUGAUUUGGGUGACUGGUUAGGUGUUGGAGAAAAUGGACUUUUCAAUUUCAAACCAAGCGUAAGGCCAGUGCCUCUUGAAGUUCAUAUCCAGGGAUAUCCUGGAAAGUUCUACUGCCCUAGGAUGAACAGUAUGAAUAAACCAACUUAUGCUGCCAUCUGCACCCAUUCACCAACCAAGCCAGUUCUUAUAUUCGUCUCAUCUCGUCGUCAAACAAGACUCACAGCAUUGGAUCUUAUUCAGUUUGCAGCUUCAGAUGAGCAUCCAAGGCAAUUUCUUAAUAUGGCCGAAGAAGAGCUUCAGAUGAUCCUUUGUCAAGUUAUCGAUCAAAAUCUCAGGCACACCUUGCAGUUUGGUAUUGGGCUACACCAUGCAGGUCUAAAUGAUGGGGAUAGGUCUAUGGUUGAGGAACUGUUUGCAAACAACAAAAUUCAGGUAUUGGUUUGUACUAGCACAUUGGCUUGGGGUGUGAACCUUCCUGCACAUCUAGUUAUUAUCAAGGGAACAGAAUAUUAUGAUGGAAAAUCAAAGAGAUACAUUGAUUUUCCAAUCACAGAUAUUCUACAAAUGAUGGGUCGUGCAGGUCGACCACAGUAUGAUCAACAUGGAAAAGCAGUUAUUCUUGUUCAUGAACCCAAAAAGAGCUUUUAUAAGAAGUUUUUGUACGAACCAUUCCCGGUUGAGAGUAGUCUGAAGGAGCAGUUGCAUGACCAUAUAAAUGCUGAGAUAGUUUCGGGCACCAUUUGUCAUAAAGAGGAUGCAGUGCACUAUCUUAGCUGGACAUAUUUGUUUCGUAGGCUGAUGGUAAAUCCUGCUUACUAUGGAUUGGAUAGCAUGGAACCUGAAAUUCUAAGUUCGUACUUGUCUAGGUUAGUACAAAGCACAUUUGAGGAUCUUGAGGAUAGUGGAUGCAUAAAGAUGAACGAAGACAGUGUGGAGCCAAUGAUGCUGGGCUCAAUAGCUUCUCAGUAUUACCUCAGCUACAUUACUUUAUCAAUGUUUGGCUCAAAUAUAGGUCCAGAUACGUCACUUGAAGUAUUUUUGCAUAUCCUUUCUGCGGCUUCCGAGUAUGAUGAACUUCCUGUGCGGCAUAAUGAGGAAAACUACAAUGCUGCUCUAUCCGAGAGGGUUCGAUAUAAGGUGGACAAAGAUCGACUUGAUGAUCCACAUGUGAAGGCGAAUUUACUUUUUCAGGCACAUUUUUCUCAGUUGGAAUUACCUAUCAGUGACUACAUUACUGACUUAAAGUCUGUGUUGGAUCAAAGUAUACGCAUUAUUCAGGCCAUGAUUGAUAUAUGUGCUAACAGUGGAUGGCUAUCAAGCUCGAUCACAUGCAUGCGUUUAUUGCAAAUGGUCAUGCAGGGCUUGUGGUUUGAUGUGGAUUCGGCACUGUGGAUGCUGCCUUGCAUGAACGACGACCUUGCAAGCUUACUAAAACAAACGGGAUAUCACACUCUGCAGCAGCUGCUGGAUCUUCCCAAGACAGCUUUGCAAAACUUGAUUGGAAAUUUUCCUGCUUCAAAAUUAACUCAGGAUUUGCAGAUUUUUCCUCGUGUCCAAAUGAAGAUAAAACUUCAAAGGAAGGACGAUGACGUUGAGAAAGCUCCCUCCCUUAGCAUCAGAUUGGAGAAGAUAAGUUCGAGGAAAAACAGAACCAGGGCAUAUGCUCCACGGUUUCCCAAGAUGAAAGAUGAAGCAUGGUGGCUUGUACUUGGUAACACCUCUACAUCGGAACUGUAUGCUUUAAAGAGAGUUUCUUUCUCUGAUCGCUUGGUCACAACCAUGCAGCUGCCUCCAAAAAGAAAUGAUUUUCAGGAAAUGAAAUUGAUUUUGGUCUCAGAUUGUUAUCUUGGUUAUGAGCAAGAAUACUCCAUUAAAGAACUGAUCAGUGGAAGCAGUUGAUCCAAUUACGCGCUGUUGAGUAUCCAAAACGAAGUCCAAUGGUCUGGACUUGAGAGAAGACAUUAGAUGUCACUGCUGGAGAUUGGAUGACGGACCAUAAGAGAUAGAAAGAGUUGCAACUUGCCAGAUAAAUUACCAUACAUUAACAGGCAUUUCUAGGUGGCCAUGAAUGGGGUUUACAGUUCAGUCAUAUAUGCUUCUCCAGCGUAAAUAAACCGACCACUGACUAGUAUAUUCUCAAUGUAUUUAACAUUCUAGUUCAAUGAUGGAAAUCAAAUCAAUCUUAGAUUUCAUGUACAAGUGGUAAAUUUUGUAAAUCUAUUUAUUUGGUUUACUACCUUGUAAUACAAGUAUAGUUAUCCUUUCUUUUUCUUUCCACAGUUGAGCUCUGAGCUCUCCGCUCAUUGUAUUAUGCUAAUGGUCUACCACCUUUAUAUAUAUAUAUAUAUAUAUAUCUCGUCUACUACUAA